AUGGGCUGUUCAGGAAUUCUGGCAUGGACACUGUGUGUCCUCCUGAGCUGGAUGUGUAUGGAUCAAGCAGUGGCUGAACCGCAGUACCUGGUGGCUAUUCCUGCAGUUAUAGAAGCUGGAGCUGCGACCAAAUUCUGUGCAAGUCUUCUGCAGCCCAGUGAAAAACUGGUCAUGACUGUCACUUUGAGAGAGGCCAGAGAGGAGAAUACAACCCUGCUCACACAUACAUCCAAUGAAGAGUUUCAUAUUUGUACUCAGUUUAAGGCUCCUUUAGUGGAAAGAGAAAAGAUUCUGGAUUUUGAGGUGGAGGUAAGAGGAGACACAUUUCACUCAAAAGAAUUCAGAAAAGUCCUGAUCAAAGCCUACAAGGCCACGACAUUUAUUCAAACGGAUAAACCCAUCUACCUCCCUGGACAAACAGUGCAUUUCAGAGUCAUCACACUGGACACCAAGUUGAGACCUGCCAGUCAGCAGUACAAAAUCAUCGAAGUUGAGGAUUCUAAUAGAAACAGAAUUGGACAGUGGUUAAAUGAAACAUCCAAUAGUAAAAUAUUGCAGCUUUCUUACUCAUUGAACUCUGAGGCCCGUGAAGGAAUGUACAACAUAAUUGUUUCUGUGGAAGACAAUAAAUUGCAUCACAGGUUCAAGGUGGAGAAAUAUGUUUUGCCCAAAUUUGAUGUGACAUUAAAUGCAUCUGACGAAGUGAGUAUUGGACAGGAAAAAUUCAAUAUUAAAGUGUGUGCAAAAUACAAAUAUGGACAGCCUGUGCCAGGAAAUGUUACUGUUAAGGUGUGCCGACCUCUUCGGCACUGUGUUAUCACCAAGGAAAUGGCAAAGAAAUUGAACAUAACGGCCAUCUGCCACACAGGGACUAAACAGGCAGACAAAACAGGUUGUGCUGCUGUUGCCUUUGAGAUGUCAGCUUUUACUAAAAUUGACCAAAGAAUAAUUAUAGAUGAGCUGAAUGUCAGUGCCAAAAUGGAAGAGGAGGGAACAGGAAUUUCACACAAACAAGGAAAGAGAAUAAGGAUUUCUUAUGUCGUUGGAAAGGUGUCUUUUAUUGAUAUGCCCAAGAUUUGGGAACCAGGAUCAAAUGUGGAAGGAAAAGUAAAAGCAGUUUACUACAAUGGUACACCCAUUCCUGAAGCAUCAGUGUACCUCUUUGAGGGAGCAACCUGGACAUCACCCUUGCUACAAAAUCUGACAACUGACAGUAAUGGUGUUGCCUUAUUUUCACUCAGCACAAAUAACUUCAAUGAGGAUAUCAUAUUUCAAGCAAGCCUGGUACCAACACUGAAAUACCCUGGACAUAGAACUGCAACAUUUCAGACUGGAUUUCACAGCUUGCCUAAAUUCCAACUUCUCCAACAACCUUAUGUUAAAACAGCCAGCUCGCUAGAAGUGAAGAGUAAAGAUAAACCCCUUCGCUGUAAUAAGGAAGAGAAUAUAUCUAUUCAGUACACUGUACUAGGAAAAGCCCCAGGAUCCAUGGAUGUGAUGUAUCUGGUCUUGUCCAGAGGAGCCAUUGUCAUGCAAGGAUUUAAACUGAUUGAAAUAAAAGAUCAAAGAGUGAAUGAGGGUGAGGUGUCCUUUAAAUUGAGAAUUUCUCCUGACAUGGCACCAGUCGUCAGGAUUGUAGCUUAUGCUGUACUCGACAGUGAAAAUGUGAUUGCCCACAGUGCUGACUUCUCCACAGAGAAAUGCUUCAGUAACAAGGUGUCACUGGAGAUUACGCCUUCUUCAGCUGUCCCAGGAGAAAAAACCAGCAUGCAGGUGAUGGCCCUGCCACACUCUCUGUGUGGUGUGAGUGUCAUCGACAAGAGUGUCCACAUCAAGGAGCCUGGGAAUAUUCUGGAUGCAGAUAAGAUAUUUUACUUGCUGCCUCUCAGGGAAUUAUCCUAUAUCCCAUAUCAGCUUGAAGAACCUAGCAUAUGCUUGAACGUAAGAACAAGAAGAUACACCUCACAUUUUCCUGAUAUAGACAGUGCCUACACAGUUUUCAAGAGUGUAGGACUGAAGAUGGCAACAAACCUGCUUAUCCGAACUCCCUCAUGUGUGAAAUUUAAGGGAAGAGAUUACCAUCACAACCCCUAUGGUUAUCAUGUAAGACCCCUGGCUGGACAAUUUACAGCACAAAUGAGUUUCAGAGGACAUGGCUCUCCGGAAACAACAGGUGCCUCAGCUCCACGUAUAAAAACUGUACGGACUUUCUUCCCAGAGACUUGGAUAUGGGACCUGGUGGAUGUUGGAGAUUCUGGAAUAAAGGAUGUGUCCCUCACUGUUCCUGACACCAUCACCACCUGGGAGACAGAGGCCUUCUGUUUGUCCUCUCAGGGUUUUGGUUUGGCUCCUCGUCAAGAAGUUAAGGUCUUCCAGCCCUUCUUCCUCGAGCUCACCAUGCCCAAUUCCAUUCUUCGAGGGGAGCACUUUGAAUUGAAGGCGACUGUCUUCAACUAUCUGACCAGCUGUAUAAUGGUCACCGUCUUUCCUACGACUUCUGCAGAUUAUACCCUCACCCCUCUUUCCAGUGACCAGUACACAUCUUGUUUGUGUGGCAACGAGCACAAGACUGUAAGCUGGACCAUGAUUCCAUCAGUUUUAGGGGCUGUGAAUGUGACCGUGUCUGCUGAGGCAGUGCCAUCCCAUUCUUUAUGUGAUAAUGACGUUGUGAGUGUGCCAGAGAGAGGCCGCAUUGAUGUGGUUACAAAAUCCCUCAUAGUAAAGGCUGAGGGGACUGAGAUGACAAAUACGUUCAGCUGGCUGCUUUGUCCAAAAGGAGACACAUUGACAGAGAAAACAGAGAUUCAACUGCCUGAGAAUGUGAUUCAAGGAUCCGCCCGUACUUUUGUAUCAGUCUUGGGUGACAUCCUUGGUCGGGCUCUGAAGAACCUGGAUGGUCUGCUGCGGAUGCCAUAUGGAUGUGGAGAGCAGAACAUGGCUCUUCUAGCCCCCAACAUCUACAUCCUCCAGUACCUGAAAGGCACACAGCAGCUCACCCCAGCCAUCAUGGAAAAAGCUACCAACUUCCUGACCAGCGGUUACCAAAGACAGUUGAACUACAAAAUUAAUGAAGGUGCUUACACCACAUUUGGAACAGGACCGGGAAACACUUGGCUGACUGCUUUUGUGGUGAGAAGCUUUGCCAAAGCUCAGUCUUUCAUCUAUAUUGACCCAAGAAAGAUAGAAGAGGCUAAGACAUGGCUAGAAUGUAAACAAGGAGAAAAUGGCUGCUUUGAAAAGUCGGGCAAACUGUUCAACAACAGAAUGAAGGGUGGUGUGUCUGAUGAAGUGACUCUCAGUGCAUACAUCACUGCUGCCUUCCUGGAAAUGAAUAUAUCCCAAAAUGAUCCUGUGGUGAAUAAGAGUCUGGCUUGUCUCAAGGAGUCUAUCAGUGACCUCAGCAACACCUACACUACAGCUCUGCUAGCCUAUGUCUUCACCCUGGCAGGAGACAUGGAGACCCGCGCUCACCUUCUGCAGCACUUAGACACAGUUGCUGUGAGGGAAGGAGGUUUCCUCUACUGGUCUCAGACAGCAACAGAAACAUCAGCCUCCCUGUCAGUGGAGAUCAGUUCUUAUGUCCUGUUAGCCAAACUCAAUGCCUUCCCAACUGCUGAUGAUCUGGGCUACACCACUGAUAUUAUUAGGUGGCUGACUGGCCAGCAGAACUAUUAUGGAGGCUUCUCCUCCACUCAGGACACAGUGGUGGCUCUUCAGGCUCUGGCUCUCUACUCCACUCUGGUGUUCAGUCCUGAGGGUUCAAGCACAGUAACAGUUCAGUCUAACAGCCGUCAGCUGAUAUUUGAUGUAAAUCAGGGCAACAAACUGCUCUACCAGGAGGAGACGAUGCAGGAAGUGUCAGGAAAAUACAGCCUGGAGGUGAAGGGCACUGCAUGUGCUUCAGUGCAGAUUUCUGUUCACUACAACAUCCCAACUCCGACUGAUGUCACCACUCUCAGCGUGGAGGUCAAACCAGAGGUCAACACCACAAGUGAAUCUCCGAGACCCAAACUCACUCUGAAAAUAAAGUGCUUGUACAGUGGAAAGGAGAAUUCUACAAACAUGGUAAUCCUGGAUAUCAAAAUGCUCUCUGGAUUUGUCCCACAUGCAGAGUCUUUAAAGAUGCUCAAAGGUGCCCCAUUGGUGGAUCGUGCUGAACAAACAGAAGAUCAUGUUCUGCUGUAUUUACAGGAGUUACCAAAGGAUAUACCCAUGAACUACAGCUUGACGAUCAUAGAAGAACUUCCAGUGGACAACCUGAAGCCAGCCAUGAUCAAAAUCUAUGACUACUACCAACCAAGUGACCAGGCUGAGACUGAAUACAUUUACCCAUCAGUUGCAGCGCUUCGCAGGUGUGUAGCCUCGUUUAUCCCAGUUGCAUCGGCCACAUGUCCAGCAGGCAGAGGCGAGAUGCAUGCCGAGGCAGAAGAAGGUGGAGAGGCCCGAGGAGCAAACCUGGAGGCUGUCACUGUGCAGGCGAUUGUUCAGAGUGUGUUUGUGUCGCUGCCUUCUGUGGUCCAUGUCCGGCUCCACCGAGCUGCUGCUGGGGGUCACUGUGAUGUUGAGCCCGGACUGGACACUGUCUGCUCCCAGGCUGUCAGCGGCACACAGUUCGCGCUCAUUGUUCAGCAGCUGUUUCGCUGA